AUGGACGAAGGACGCGAUGGUAGCGAGCAACGUGAGAAGCAGCCUCUGAAGGAGGGGAGGAGCAAAUCUUGGUUCGAUGGAAAGUUUCACAGGCCGUCGACUGUACCGCGUCCAGACGGAAAGCGCGAACUGAGGGAGAAAGAUUGCUGGGACAAGUUGGCAUACUCGUGGCCUACUUGGAAGAAAUGGAUGUAUUUAUCCUCGAUCGCCAGCAUUCAGAUCUCCAUGAACUUUAACACGUCGGUAUUUCCAAGCGCAGUUAACCCGAUCGCUGAACACUUUGGGAUCAGUACACAAGCUGCGCGAGUAGGCCAGAUGAUAUAUCUUGUCUUUUACAGCUUUGGAUGUGAGCUGUGGGCUCCUUGGAGUGAAGAAUUCGGCAGAUGGCCUAUCUUGCAGCUGAGUUUAUUCUUCAUCAAUAUCUGGCAAAUACCGAAUUCCGUCGCGCCUAAUUUUGGUACGAUCGUGGUGUGCAGAGCUCUGGGUGGUCUGUCAACCGCUGGCGGAAGUGUUACUCUCGGCCUCAUUGCGGACCUCUACGACCCAGAGGAACAACACUGGGCACUAUGCUUCAUUGUGUUAAGUUCAACCAUCGGUACUAGCAUUGGUGGCGUUAUUGGUGGCCCUAUCGAGCGAUUUCUCAGCUGGCGCUGGAACUUUUGGAUACAACUCAUAUUCGGUGUUACAGUGCAAGCUGUUCACUUCUUUAUGCCGGAGUCACGCUCCACCAUCUUGAUCGACCGCGAAGCCAAGCGCCGUCGCGAAAGCGGCGAGGACCCCAAUAUAUAUGGGCCCAAUGAGCUCAAGUCACCACGUAUCUCGCUAAAAGAGGCUGGCAAGAUCUGGCUACGCCCUUUCGAGAUGUUUGUUCGCGAGCCUAUUGUGUUGUUCCUCUCACUCUUAUCAGGGUUCUCGGAUGCUCUCAUUUUCACCUUCCUUGAGGCUUUUGCCAUCACUUUCCCGGAUAACUUUGGCUUUGGAAUAUUGGCCACUGCAUGGGCAUUCAUACCCAUUAAUGCUAGUUACUUCUUCACUUACUUCCUUUAUUGGCCAGUAUUCUGGAGAGACGAACAAAUCAAGAAAAAAAAAGGGCCUGACUCUCUAUCGCCCGAGCGAAGAUUGAGACCCCUCUUAUUGCUUGCUCUGUUCGAGCCCAUCGGACUAUUUGGGUUUGCAUGGACUUGUAUGGGACCGCCGGUAACACAUUGGAUUGCACCAAUGAUUUUUUCAUUCCUUGUUGGUUUAGCGAAUUUCGCCAUCUACUAUUCCUCGGUGGAUUAUAUGAUUGCAGCCUACGGCCCGUACUCUGCUUCUGCAACGGGCGGAAAUGCGUUCGCGAGGGAUUUUCUUGCUGGAAUUGCGGCAAUGUACGCCACACCACUUUACACUAAUCUGAGUGACACACGCCCGUCGGAGUACGCAACCACGGUUUUGGCAUGUCUGUCUUGCCUGGUCGUUUUCCCCAUCUACAUAUUCUACUGGAAGGGCCCUCAAAUCAGGAAGGCCAGCAAGUUCGCUUCUAUACUCGCGGAAGAUAGAAAGGCCGAGGGUGUCAGACGACUUAGCAAAGCGGACAAUUUACCCUGA